AGACAAUUAUGCUCAAGUGCUCUGAAGCGUACCUUCUACUAACCCCCCCUCCCACCCUGACUUGCCACCACGCCGGGGACGACGAUGACCGAGUCGCGCCUCGCUGAGCGCCGUACCCCGAUGCCUCUGCUGCUCGACGACUUCCCUAUUCCCCCGUCACACAUCCCUAAUACUCCGCUCGCCACACCUAUCUCCAUGGGCAUUCCAAGCCCCGGCCUAUGCUCGAACCCUCCCCUGUCACGGCCGCCAUCGACUCCCUUGCCGCCCGUACCGGGGCCAUCACCCAUUUCAGAACAUGAGACUUUGAUGUUCAUCUCUGCUGAGCGAUCACGCCGCUUAUCCAAGAUGUCGACGGCUUCGACGGUGUCCCAGUACUCAAAGCGCGACUCGACGGCGACUGUCUCCAGUUUAGCGAGCAGUAGCGCGCAUCCCAGUAUUGCACAUCAGCCGUCGUCGCCGACGUCCCCCCGAUUUGGCUCAGCCGCGUCUAUUAGGUCAUUUCGUUCCGCAAGCUCACAUGCAUCUUCUUCCCAGUCCCACAGUCGUCGCGUUCUCGAGAAAUCGCCGAUGCUCGAACCCAAGAUUUUUGAAGAGGAUCCAGCAGAGAUAUCACAAAUCUCGCUGUCUGACCUCCCCUCCCUUUCUUCAAGCACAUCGACACUGCCACGUAGCCAUCGUGGUCUCAGCGACACAGAAGAAGAUGAAUCCUCCGAACUCGGAAUCGGGCUGUCGCUCUCGCGGAGACGAAGCGGUCGUAGUCAUAGAAUGGGCCCAGGAAUGAACGACUCGAUAUCAUCUAUCGACAUGCGCGACCUGCCUGCUCUGCAAGAAGAUGAGGCCGAGUUGAUAGUUGUUCCACCUAUAGCGGCUGUCGUCUCAAAAUCUGCACCCCACUUGAGACCUGGCUACAUUUUGGCGAAGCCACCACGUCCGCCAACAGCCAUUAUGAACAAAGAAUUACCUCCGCUUCCUCUCAAUAUGCACGGACGAAGCUCUACACUAACUCGGUCUGAUACUGCUUCAACGUCAACAUCGGCUUCACAUUCGCGCAGCGGGUCUUCGCACUUGCGUACACUCUCAUCGCACCUUCAGGACGACGAUGCUCGUAACGGCGCCGAAAGUCCAGAUAUUGUUCAGAUCAUGUCCAGGACACCGCGACCCUCGCGUAAAUCCUCGUCCCAUUUUUCUGGCUCUAGAUCGAGAUCUCGACCGAACUCGACGAGGCGCUCUUGUGGGAGCUCACUUCAUUCGCACAGAAGCAAGCGCUUUGACGAUGGCAACCCUGUUCCUGUACCUGUCGUUCGGCGUGACGAUUCCGAGAUCGCAUACGCUCGGAAACAGCGCGACGACGACGACGAGUCGGACUACGGCGAGGUGUUAGAUGGAACUGGCACGGUUAUGGAUGCGCGCAUGCUUGAUCGAGAUAUAGAAGAGAGAUUGGAGCGACAGUUGGAUGGUCUUGGGAGCGAGGAUGAGUUGAGUGACGGUGGACUGAGCGAUUCGAGUAUUGACAUGCAAACGCCAUUACCGCAUCUCAUGCUUCGUGAAGGCGUGCUGUCUCCACAUUCGAAGCUGCUCGGGAAAUGUCUUAGGGCGCCGAGUCCUCAGGAUCGCCACUUGAGCAUGGGCUCCAUAAGUAAGUGUCAUACUAUG